GGCGCGCGGUGCCGCCCCGUCACGUGCCGCCGCCGCCGCGCGCACCGGGAGCGGACCGGAGCAUGGCAGCACUGGCGGCCGCGUCCCCCGGCAGGGAUGAGGGUCUGGAGGAGGACGAGGAUGAGCUGGAGCCGGGGCUGGACGAGGCGGAGGCUGAGGCGGAGGCCGGGAGCGGGGCGAGGCCGGCGGGGGGGGCCCGGGGGGCCGUGCUCACCCGCCGCGGCAUCACCCUGCGCGUCCUGCUCCGCGACGGGCUCCUCGAGCCGGCCCGCGGCGUCCUCUCCAUCUACUACCUGGGCAAGAAGUUCGUGGGGGACCUGGGUGCAGACGGGACCAUCACGUGGCAGGAGACGGGGCAGGUCUUCAACUCGCCCAGCGCCUGGGCCACGCACUGCAAGCGCCUGGUGAACCCGGCCAAGAAGUCUGGCUGCGGCUGGGCGUCCGUGCGCUACAAGGGCCAGAAGCUGGACCAGUACAAAGCCGCGUGGCUGCGGCAGCACCAGCCCAACGUGCCGCCCGCCGACGAGAGCCUGGCCAGCGAGGGCGAGGAUGAGGAGGUGCCGGAGGAGGAAGAGGAGGAGGCGGCGCGGGAGGGCCGGGCGCCGGUGCCGGAGCUGGUGCCUGCCAAGAAGCCAGAGGAGAGGAGCAAGAAGCAGCAAUGCAAGAGCGUGGUGGAGCCGGCGGGGACGGAGCACGGCCCCCCGGCCAAGAGGAUGGAGAGCAAAGCCCGGGCGCCCGUCCGGUACUGCACCCUGGGCACCCGUGACUUGGCCAGGAACCCCCAGACCCUGGUGGAGGUGACGUCCUUCGCUGCCAUCAACAAGUUCCAACCCUUCAAUGUGGCCAUUUCCAGCAACGUCCUUCUGCUCCUGGAUUUCCACAGCCACCUGACGCGGAGCGAAGUCGUGGGUUACCUGGGCGGGCGCUGGGACACCAACACACAAUUGCUGACGGUGCUGCGAGCCUUCCCGUGCCGGACCCGCCUGGGCGAUGCCGAGGCCGCCGGUGCUGUGGAGGAGGAGAUCUGCCAGAGCCUGUUCCUGCGGGGGCUGUCGCUGGUGGGGUGGUACCACAGCCACCCCUUCGGCCCCGCGCUGCCCUCGCUGCACGACAUCGAUGCGCAGAUGGACUAUCAGCUCAAGCUGCAGGGCAGCGGCAACGGCUUCCAGCCCUGCCUGGCCCUCAUCUGCGGACCCUACUACCACGGGAACCCCGGCGUGGAGUCCAAAAUCGCGCCCUUCUGGGUGAUGCCACCACCCGAGCAACGGCCCAAUGACUACGGCAUCCCCAUGGACGUGGAGGUGGCCUAUAUCCAGGAUGGGUUCCUCACCAACGAUGUCCUGCAGGAGAUGACGCUGCUCGUGGACUUUUAUAAGGGAGCCCCCGACCUGGUGAAGUUCCAGGAGCUCUGGAGCCAGGAUCAGACCUACCUGGACAAGCUGAAGGGCUCGCUGGCCUCCCGCACCCCCAAAGACCAGAGCUUCACCCACAUCCUGGAGCAGAUCUUCAGCCUCCUCAAGCUCAGCGGCUGAGGGACCAGGAGCCCCCUCGACUCGGAGCAGGCGCCGGGCGCAGCUCGGUUCAGCAGCCCCCAGCCCAUGGGGCGCAUCCAGACCCGGUGUGGGGCAGCGCCCACCCUGGGGGGCUCACUGGGGGGGUCCCAGCACCCCGCUGGCUCCUGCCCUGCCCCGGAGGGUGCUGUGGUGAUGGUGGGAGCCGUGGCUGUACGUUGUUUGUGGAAGUGGUAGUUGAUUAAAGAGCAGUUCCUGAGAG